AUGGCCAUGCAGACAGGCCAGGGUGGCGACAGCGGGGGGAUGAGCCGCGAGGAGUUUGUCGACAAGACGGCCACCGACAUCACGAAGGCCAUCUCAGCGUGCGACGAGCUGAAGUUUCUGAAGGACACCGUGCCCACCCCCCUGGAGGUGGUGCUGAAGCAGGAGAUCGAGCGUUUCGAGACGCUCCUGAAGCGCAUGCUCGCCAACCUGUCGGACCUGAAGCGCGCCCUGAAGGGGGAGAUCGGGAUGAGCCAGAGCCUAGAGGAGCUGCUCGUGUCCCUGUUCAACGGCUUGCUGCCCGGCGCGUGGGCGAAGCUCGCCCCGCAGACCGAGAAGCCGCUCGGCAGCUGGAUGGACCAUUUCGUCAGGAGGCACAAGCAGUUCAACGACUGGUGCAUCAACGGCGAUCCCGCCGUGUUCUGGCUCAGCGGCCUCCACAUCCCGGAAAGCUUGCUCAGCGCGCUGGUGCAGGCCUCGUGCCGUCGGCGGGGCUGGGCGCUGGACAAGUCCACGCUCUACACGAAGGUCACGAAGUACGCGAGCAGGGACGAGGUGACGGAGAAGCUCCUGGACGGAACCUACGUGGAGGGCCUGUACUUGGAGGGCGCACGGUGGGACACCGAGCAGGGGUGCCUCGCGAGGCAGCUGCCCAAGCAGCUCAUCCAGCAGAUGCCCCUGGUGGAGGUCAUCCCCACGGAGGCGAACCGUCUGAAGCUGCGGGACGAGCUCCCGACGCCGGUGUACGUCACCCAACUGCGGCGCAACGCCAUGGGUGUCGGUUUGGUGUUCGAGGCGAACCUGCACACGAAGGAGCACACCAGCAUGUGGGUGCUGCAGGGGGUCGCCCUCACGCUGAACGACGACACGCCGACCCUGGCCAGGGUCGGCGAGGCCGCGUAUCCGCCUCGGCGGCUGCGGCGCACCGCCGAGCGAGCGGCGCGCGACCUCCCUGAGGGGCAGGCCGCCGGCGCCACGGAGAGCGCCCCUCGCGCCCGCGGGGGCCCGGGCGGCGGCGCCCGGCUUAGCUCGGCGGUGUGCGUACUGCGGGCCUCGUCGAGGCGCGUCGCGCCCGGCUCGCUGGGGCCCGGCCAGUGCCGGGCUCGGGGCGAGGAGGGGGCGGAGGGCGAGGUAUGCCUGUCCAGGCUUGUCAUGACCUCGCAGACAGGCAGCUUGCACUCCUAUCGAGGACGAGGAGCGCACGGGCCGCCUGCGCCGCUGGGCCGCCGCGGUGCCCUGGGCCCCGUGGCCAUGACCCCGGGGCGCGCCCGCGGGAUGUCCCAGGAGGCCGCGACUGGCGCGGCCGCGGGGCGGGUCGAGUGGCGUUGCGCCUGCGGCGUCGCACAGAUCGACGACGACGACGGAGCUCCCGUCCAGUUGACGUCGCUGACGUCAAGCACCUGUGGGUUCUGGCUUGGUGCACUCGCUGGUGGAGAGGUGCAGCUCGCCAUCGCCUCCGCCGGCGACCUCGGACCUGCGAAAGAAGCCAUCUGGUGCGCGGCUGGCCACUUCGGUUGCUUCUGCAUGCGCGAGGUGUUUCUUGGCGGCGGCAUAGAGAGGCCUCUGUGCCGGGCAGGCGGGCGUGAUCUUGAUCUGACCGUGCCUGAGGGGUCGCUGACGCAGAUCGACCAGACCGACGCGCCCAGGCUGUCCUCCGGGGAGGACACGGUGCGGAACACCCACCUGCUGCUGGGCAGCCUCGAGGGGGCCGAGCGAGGAUACGGCGCUCAGAACAUGCAGCCCUUGUGCGCGCGCCGCGAAGUGGAAGCCCUCGAGGAGCCCAGCGUGGCGCCAGCCAAGCCCGCUGGCGGUCUGAAGGGCAUGAGCGCGCUGAAGAAAGGCCUGAAGAACGGCGAAGUCGCCCGCAUCAUCGACGACAAGGAGGCCGCCGAGGAGUUGGAGGCCAGGGCCGCGGCGAGCGCCCCGGCGCAGGCCGUCAAGGCCGCGGACCUGAAGGCCGCGGCCCCCGCGGCCGCGCCGGUCGCGCCGUCGCAGGCGCUGCCGCCGCACUCCCCACGGGGCGACGGCCCAGGAGGACGGCGACCUCUUCGAGUUCUGACUCGCCCGGGCUGGCGGCGCGGCUCUGCGAUGGCGGUUGGGCCGGGGGCGCACACCGCCAGCCUCAAGUCGGGCCUGUCCUUCUACAGGAGGAACAUUUACAAAUAUACUUUUAAUUUCUCGAAAAUCCGCCUGUAG